GGAAAAGGCUGUCCUGGAGCCUGCGUGGAGGUUACAAAAACCAUCCCUCUGGUGGUGCCCUGAGCAGAUUAUUUCAACCCCAAUGUUGCCCUGAACAUUGCAUUCAAGAUUUGAGAAGAUUAGGACUGCUAAGAUGCCUCAGGAACAGUACACCCAUCACCGGGGCACCAUGCCCAGCUCUGAGGGGCCGCAGGUAUACAAAGUGGGGAUUUAUGGCUGGCGGAAAAGAUGUUUGUAUUUCUUUGUCCUACUCCUGAUGAUUCUAAUACUGGUGAACUUGGCCAUGACCAUCUGGAUUCUCAAAGUCAUGAACUUCACAAUUGAUGGAAUGGGAAACUUGAGAAUCACAGAAAAAGGUCUAAAGCUAGAAGGAGACUCAGAAUUCUUGCAACCUCUCUACGCCAAAGAAAUCCAGUCCCGACCAGGUAACGCCCUCUACUUCAAAUCUGCCAGAAAUGUUACAGUGAACAUCCUCAAUGAACAGACUAAAGUACUAACUCAGCUGAUAACAGGGCCAAAAGCCAUCGAAGCUUAUGGCAAAAAGUUUGAGGUAAAGACGGUUUCUGGAAAAUUGCUCUUCUCUGCAGAUGACAAUGAAGUGGUAGUAGGAGCCGAGAGAUUACGAGUUUUAGGAGCAGAGGGCACAGUGUUCCCUAAAUCUAUAGAGACACCUAAUGUCAGGGCAGAUCCCUUCAAGGAACUAAGGUUGGAGUCCCCGACCCGGUCCCUGGUGAUGGAGGCCCCAAAAGGAGUAGAAAUAAAUGCAGAAGCUGGCAACAUGGAAGCCAUCUGCAGAACAGAGCUGAGACUGGAGUCCAAAGAUGGAGAGAUUAAGUUAGAUGCUGCGAAAAUCAAACUACCUAGACUGCCUCAUGGAUCCUAUACGCCCACAGGAACGAGGCAGAAGGUGUUCGAGAUCUGCGUCUGCGCCAACGGGAGGUUAUUCCUGUCCCAGGCAGGAACCGGUUCCACCUGUCAGAUAAACACAAGUGUCUGCCUGUGAGACCAUCUGUAGUGGACACUGCCGGCAGCAUCCAGGCCUUUUUUGGCUUUAGACCCUGGCUGCCAGCUAUUUUUACUAGAACACGGAAAGCCUAUCAAAGACCUUGUGUGUAUGUGUGUGCGUGCGUGCGUGCGUGUGUGUAUGCGUGAGUGUGUUUGCGUGUGUGGGUGGAUAUAAAUAUAUAUAAAUAUAUAUAAAUAAAUAUAUAUAUCCUCUGUAUAAAAUGAGGUUUCAGUACAAAAGGAACCAUGGGUGACCCUGUGAUAUCCACUGUCAUUGCUAUCCCAACCCUGUCAAUGUACAUGAUAAAAUCAAAACACUAAUUUGGGCCCAAUAUUCUCCAGACCCUGCUGAAUCACACAGUGUAUCGACACUUACUGAAUAGCCCUCUACAUGUUUGAGUAACAGCCUGUCUUUUCUUUUAGUGUCAUCACAAGGCAGUGAUGGCGGGAAUUUGCAAGUCGCCCUCAGUGGCUAAGACCCCUGUAGUAAAAGCAGACCCUUAGUUCCCUUUAUGAGCUUUCACACAGCCAGCCAUCUCCUCCCUCUUCAAGUCAAAUCCCUCUAGAAGUCAGACAGAGGAACUCAGACUGGCUGUGCUACUUUGGCAUCCAAAUGCAUCCAGGCUUUCAUGGUUGUGGAAUUUGGAGGAUGGAUUUUAGCAAAGUUUGAAUGACUCUCCCAACUCCUGCUAGCCUCCUUCCUUCAAACCCGCAUAUUAUCCCACAGUCAAAACAGGAGCUGUAAAUCAGCACAAAAUAGGAUAACAGCUGCUCCUCAGUCGGCUGGAAGCUACUCAGAGGCCUGACAGACUAAGAAUAAAUGGCCGAUAUGUCUCUGUUUAAAGGGAAAAAAAUGGCUCAAAAUCUGUUACAACCUCACUUUUGACUUUUAUCCAGCGGGCUCCUACCCAAAAUGAUCAAGUCAAUCCAAAUCCUUAAGAGUGGAACCCCCUACCCCUAUGGGAAGCUAUCGGGAGGUGGCAGUCAAAGAGUGGCAUAGGGAACAGAAUUGUUUUUAAAUAUGUUUCUGGGGACUGGUAGGUAAUUUAGAGGCACGCCUUUUAUUUUUAAAGGCAUGCACAAACACUCUGCCUCCAAUCUUCUUACAUAGUUUUUCAGUAUCGGGAUAUUCAUUUUCCUAAAUUGACCAUUGUUUUCUCUAAGAAUAGUGACCCGAGAAUCAUAGCCAUGCAGUACCAUGUGCCCCCAGGAAUGUUCAUGGAAUAUUACUCUAGACAAGAGUCAAGUGUCUUCCUUAGAAUCACUGUGUCCCCUGGUGCCCAGUGGUCCCUGCUCCCCUGCAAAUGGCAGCAGCUCCCUAAUUCCCGCCAUCAGCUACCUCCCAUCACCCCCACUUUCAUCAUCACGCUCCAGGGUCACCCUGGCCAGCUCUUGUGCUGGGACAGGAGAUUACACCGUCUCUGUUCAAAGAGGGGGAAAUGUGCCUGUGCCUUACGUCAAUGCACUCAGCAAGGAGAAGCACAUCCUGUUUAUCUUGUUGUUACCUGUAGUUUAUUUUGGGUGAUUGGAGGGAAAGGGUAAAAUGAUGACCAGGCAUCUUAAAAGCUGGUAGACAAACCAAGUGGCUGACAGAUGUAGACUCCGAGGAGCCUGGAAGGGAGACAUAACUGGUUUCUACCUCCCUGGAUGCCACUUGGCAAGCAGUGGCCCCACUGAAGUCGUACUUGUAGGCCUGAAUGGCAUUUGUUUUUUCCUCAACAGGGUUCUACUUUUUCUUACUUCACAAGCAGAGGUGACAUUUGCCAUAGAAAAUAAGAGGUUUGGUGUUUUUGAGAUGACACUCAAGCAUCGGGGGGCUGAGAUUGCACACAUGGGGGGUAAAAACAAACUGUGUGUUGCUUGGUCACUUAGCAGUCGGGGGAAGAGGGAUGGUUCUAGCUUGACCAGUGGCUCUGCUGGCUUCUGGAUCCCGGGCUCCCUCCAGUCACUCCUGCUCAAUAUCCAUAGAGAAGAACUGGAUUGCUUAAUGAUGAGACCAUAUGAUUGUUUAUUUUGCAGCAUUAGGGUCUAAAAAAGAAAAUGGUUAAAAAAAAAAAAAUCCAGUUGCUCUGGCUCAGUACUAUUUAUAUAUGUAGAAUCACACUGCCAGAAUCUGCAUGUACCAUAUCCAGGGUUAUUCCAAGCCAAGAAAGGCCCUCCUUGACAACUCGGAACAUCUACCCCAUAUCUUUCAGAUCAACAGUAGUUAUGAGGUCCUUUGUGGCUACAUACCUGAAGACAAAGGGUUUUUGCGUUUUGUUGGGUUUCUUUUUUAACAGAGACCAUCUUUGCAUUUUGUCAUCUCAAGUACCUGUUCUAAGGAUGACAAAGAAACAGAAGGUUCACUGAGCUCUUUCAUCUAAUUUUGUUCUAAUCGUUAAAUGAAAGUCUGAGAGGAGCACCUUGGGAAUUUUAUGCCAAUAAAAAAGAGUGGUGUGAUCCCAUUUGCAAAAUUUAAUCCUAAAAGUACUCAGAUCACAAAUAGAAUAAAAAGAAUAAUAGCAACCAAGACUAGAAAUCAAGCACCUAUGGGGACAGACAUGAUAUAAAAUUCUGAUUUUCAUCUGUGCUGAGUGACUACAAUAUAGGUAAUGAGCAGGAAGUUUGGCAUGGAUUAAAUUAUGUAUUUCAGUUCAGACUUUAGAAUUCGGUAAAUGCAUAUUAAGUCCUCAAUGUACAUUUUUCCCCCUAACUUCCUCCAUGUCCCUGGU